AUGGAUUUUAAUUUUUCAUCGGAUAAUGAUGUUGCAGUAGUUGGAAUAGGUUUACGUUUUCCAGGAAAUGUAAAUUCACCACAACAAUUUUGGGAGGCUUUGGAAAAAUCAUUUGAUGGAAUCAUGAAAGUUCCAAAAGAAAGAUGGUCAGAUACUUACGUCCAACAUCAAUUGAUUUCAACCGAAAAUGCUGGUUUGUUAGACCUCGAAGAAUGGAAAAAGUUUGAUCCAUUAUUCUUUGAAAUAUCACCAAAAGAUGCAGUUGUUCUUGAUCCACAAGAAAGAAUGAUGCUCACUCUUGCUUAUGAAGCUUUGGAAGAUGCUCAAAUCCCAGUGAGAUCUCUUCGUCAAUCGAAUACUGGUGUAUUUGUUGGUAUUUCAAUCGUUGAUUAUUCCCAACUCCAAGCCAAUUAUUGUCAACUCGAUCCAAGCCCAAAAGUUUUAUGUGACUUCUUGACACAUUCUGUGAUUGCAAAUCGAGUUUCAUAUUGUUUCGAUUUCAGAGGUCCAUCGAUGUGUGUCGAUACUGCAUGUUCAUCAUCAUUAACCUCAACAGAUCUUGCAAUCAAAUACAUUCAAGAUGGUGAAUGUGAUAUUGCAUUAUCAUGUGGAACAAAUGCAAUUUUUGAUCCAAAUACUUCAAGAUUAUAUAAUAAUCUUGGGGUUCUUGGAGAACAUUGUCGUCCAUUUGAUCAAGAUGCAAAUGGAUUUGUUCGAGGUGAAGGAUGUGGUGUUGUUGUUUUGAAGAAACUUUCAUUGGCUGAAAGAGAUGGAAAUCGAAUCUAUGCAGUCAUAAAAGGAAGAGGUGUUAAUGCUGAUGGUCAUUGUAAUAAAGAUACAAUGUCAACACCAUCAAAUACAAUUCAAUCUCAGAAUAUCAAACAAACACUUCAAAGAUCAAAUAUUGAUGCUUCACAAAUCUAUUAUGUUGAAGCACAUUCAACUGGAACUGUUGUUGGUGAUCCAAUUGAAGUGAGUGCAUUGAUUGAUGUAUUCUCUUCAAAUCAUUCACCAGAAAGACCAUUGAAAAUUGGAUCUGUGAAAUCAAAUAUUGGACAUCUUGAAAGUGCUGCUGGAAUAGCGUCACUCAUCAAAGUAUCACUGAUGUUGAAGAAUCGUAAACUUGUUCCAACAAUCAAAUUAUCAAAUUUGAAUUCAAAGAUUCCAUUCAAACAAUCGAAUAUUCAAGUUGUCACUCAAAUUGAAGAUCUUCCAAAAGAUCAAUUGAUUAUGAUGGGAAUCAAUUCAUUUGGAAUUGGUGGAUCAAAUAGUCAUCUCAUUCUUCAAGAAUAUAAAGAUGAUCGCUAUCAUUUUACAAAAAAUGAUACAAACUUUUCAGAUAAUAUGAAUGAUAAAUUUUAUUUGAUUCCAAUCAGUGCAAAUUCAUCAACAUCAAAUGAUAAAUAUUUUGAAUCAAUAAAAGAAUAUCAAGAUAGAAUAUCAUUGAAAGAAUUUGCACUUUAUCAAUCAUUGACAAAAUCAUUCCAUUAUCAAAGAAGAGUGAUCAUUGCAAAAGAUUGGAAUGAUUUCAAUUCAAAAUCAAUUGAGAUUAAUGGUCAGUCGACAAUCAAAGAUUCAAUUGGAAAGAAAUUGAUUUUUGUAUUUUGUGGACAAGGACCACAAUGGAAUCAAAUGGGAAUGAAUCUUUAUGAGAAUGAACCAAUAUUCAAAUCAACAGUUGAUGAAUUAGAUUCAUUACUCAAAGAAUAUUCAGGAUAUAGUCUCAUUGAAAAGAUGAAUCAAAUUCCAAAUGAAUCAAAUGUUAUUCACAAACCAAUUAUUGCACAACCUGCACUAUUCUUAUUCCAAGUUGCAUUGGUUGAACUUUAUAGAUAUUGGGGAUUGAAUCCAUCAAUUGUUUUUGGUCAUAGUUUUGGAGAUAUCACAUCUGCAUAUAUUUCUGGAAAUUUGACAUUAUCAGAUGCAAUCAAAGUUGUUCAUUUGAGAGCAUCAUUCCAAAAUGAAACAAUUGGAUCUGGAAGAAUGUUAGUUGUUGGAAUCAGUUCUGAUCAAUUCAACAAUAAUUAUCAAAAUCAAUUUCCAAAUCUUGAGAUUGCAUGUUUUAAUUCUGAUAAUUCAAUUGUAAUCACUGGAAGCAAUGAUAAUUUAAAUGAAUUCUCAAAACAAUUGAAACAAUCAGAUAUCUAUCAUACAUUCCUCAGAACACCAUGUUCAUUCCACUCAUCACAUCAAGAAGUUAUCAAAGAUAAAGUAAUCAAUGAAAUCAAUGAUUUGAAAUCAAAUCAAUCAACGAUUCCAUGGUAUUCAACAGUAACUGGUGAUUUGAAAUCAGACGGAAUAGAUUCUCAAUAUAUUUAUGAAAAUAUCAGAAAUCCAGUAUAUUUCAAGAAGACAUUGGAUUCAAUUGUCAGAGAUCUCAAAGAUGAUUUGAAAGAUUAUGUUUUCAUUGAAAUAUCACCACAUCCAACAUUAUCUGGAUUGAUAACACAAACAAUUCCAUCUGCAAACGUGAUUUCACCAAUUCAAAGAAACAAAGAUGAACAAUUAUUAUUCAAAUCAUCAUUGGCAACACUUCAUUGUAUUGGUGUCAAUAUUGAUUUCAAAUCACAAUUCAAUCAAUUUGAUAUUUCAAAUCCAAUUUGGAGAGAUAAUGUUUCAAUUCUUCCUCGAUAUCAAUGGGAUUCUGAUAUCUAUUGGAGAGAAACUCAUUUUUCAAGAUCGAAAAGAUUGAAUGGACCAUCAACUUCAAUUCUUGGAAGAAGAUCAGUUUUCAAUGGAAAUGAAUGCUAUCUCUCAGAUAUUGAUAUUGGAAGCAAACCAUUUGAAUAUUUGAAAGAUCAUCAAGUGAAAGAUCGUCCAAUUCUUCCAGGUGCUGCAUAUGUUGAAGCAAUCAUUGAAAUAUUCCAAUCGAAACAACAAGAUAUUCUCAUUGAUAGAUUGGAAUUCAUCAAACCAUUCUUUUUCAAUCAAAAUGGUCAAUCUCAAAAAUUGAUGACAAAUAUUGAAAAGAUUUCAAAAUUUGAAUAUUCAAUUGAUUUCUUCAACAAGAAUUCUGAAUAUUACGACUUGAAUGAUGAAUGGUUCCAAUCUGCAAAAUCAUCAGUUACUCUUCUUCAAAAUGCAAACAAUCAAAUUAUUGAUAUUGAAUCAUUCAAGAAUCAAUGUAAUUUGACAACAUUCACACAAGAAGAAUUAUACAAGAAGACUCUCAGACUUGGACUGAGAUAUGGACCUGCAUUCCAACAUAUUAAAUCGAUUUCGAUUGGAAAUCAAAUGUCAUUUGCAGUUUUACAAACGAAAUCAACAUCAAAUACACCUUCAAAGAUUCUCAAUUCCACAUUGAUUGAUAAUUGUGCUCAAGGACUGAUUGGUAUUAUUGAUGAUAGAAGACACUUUAUUUUCAAAUCAAUUGAUGAAAUGAGAAUCAAUCAUCAAAUUGUUCAAGAAUUGGAAUCAAAUCCACCAGAUCAAUUAUUUUUGUUAACCAAAAUUGUUGAUUACAAUAAUUAUGAAUGUAUUGGAAAUUGUUUACUUAUUCAUCCAAAUGGUCAAUUGAUUUUAGAAAUGAAAAGAUUCACAGUUGGAACAAAUGAAAGAUUGAAAAUGAACAAAAUCAAAUAUCCAAAUGAUGAACUUUUUGAAUCUUUCUAUCAAUUAAAAGAAUCUCAACUUUCAAAUCCAAAUGAAAUCACUCCAUCUCCUCUCGUUGAAGAUUCAAUGAUUUCUCUCAAAAUUAAUGAAUAUAGACCAGAUGCAAUUAAGAUAAUCUUUUCAAUGUUUUCAAAGAAUAUUCCAGAAUUCAAUCUUGAUGAAGUUUUAAAUCAAUCAAUUGAAGAAUCAAUGAUCAGGUUCAAAUUCAUUUCAAACGAAACAAAUAUCAAAUUAUUCUCAAGAAUGAUUGAAAUUUUGAAUGAAGCUAAAGAAUUUUUACAGUCAUGUAAUCUAACAGAUUUAAAGAUAAUCAAUGAUGAUCCAUCAUUAUCCGAAAUUGUUGAUAAAGGAGUUCAAUUAAUAAUUGAAACAUUGCGUGGAAAUGAUGAAUAUGGUCAACAAUUAUUCAAAGAUGGUGUUAUUUCAAAUAUUUAUACAUCUCAAUUCAUUCAAUACUAUUUCAAACAAACAUCAUUCAUUGCAGUGAAAUCUAUUUCAAAAUCAAUCAAACAAUCAAAUUCAAAGAGAAUCAUCAAGAUUCUUGAAAUUGGAGGUGGAACUGGAACAGUAACAAACUAUUUGAUUCCACAACUUGAUGAAAUGUUAUAUUCUCUUGGUGAUCAGAAUCAAGUUGAAGUUGUUUAUACAUUCUCUGAUGUUUCAUCAUUCUUUGUGAAUCCAAUGAAAGAUAAAUAUUCAAAUCAAUUCAAAUUUAAAUCAAAUUUGAAAAUGAAAUUCAAAGUUAUCGAUUUGGAUCAAGAUUUAGUUGAUCAAGGACUUUUGAAAUCAUCAUAUGAUAUGAUUGUAAUGUCUUUGGUUAUUCAUGUUUGUCCAAAUAUCAGAUCUCCAAUUUCAAAUUGUCAUCAAAUUCUUUCACCAAAUGGAAUACUAUUAUUUGCAGAACCUGCUUAUAAAAAUAUCUUCCCUGAAAUGUUUUUUGGUGGAUUCAAACAAUAUUGGAGUUAUAAUGAUGAUAUUCGUGAUCAUUGUGCACUUAAACCAAAUCAAUGGGUUGAAUUACUUUCUGAAGAUGAUCAAUUCAAGAAUAUCAGAAUUUAUGGACCAAAUGAUGAAAAUGGAAAUCAACUUUCACCAGAUGAGGCAAUGAUAUUCAUUAUUCAUUGUCAAAAACCAUUGAUUGAAAAACUCAAGAUCAAUAAUAUUCAACAAUUAUCUAUCAUCAUUGAAGAAAAUCAAACAAUUCCAAUUGAAUAUUUUGAAAGAUAUUCUGAACAAUCGAUAUCAUUGGUUAAAACAAAUGAAAUUGAAUUUAAAUCAGAUAUUCUUAAAAAUUCAACAAAUAUUCUCUUCCUUCCAACAAUUGAACAUCAAUCAAUUGAUAAAUAUCAACAAACAAUUUUUUCAUUAGUUGAAUUAUUACAAAUGUUCACAUAUCAAGAGAAUCAACCUAGAAUCACAACUGUCAUCAAAGAUAAUGAAUCAUCAAAUUAUUUAUCAAACUCAAUUAUUGGACUUUUAAAUACUGCAUUUGUUGAUCAUCGUGAAUUGGAUUUAUUGAUCAUCAGUAUUGAUUCACCAUUGAAAAUUGAAUAUGUUCAUUCAAUAAUGCAAUUAUCACAAAAUAAAGAAUCACUUGGCGAACUUCAUUAUGGUAUCAUCAACAAUCAUAUAAUGGUAUAUAGAGAUUUCAAUAUCAAAGAUGAUAUUUUAAAAUACUCAAAUUCAUAUGAAACAAAUAUUGAAAAUAUAUCAACUUUGGCAAAUUUGAAUCUUGAUUUCAAACUCAGAAACAGAAGAGAAUUGAAACCAAAUGAAAUAGAAUUUGAAAUCAAAUCUGUUGGUUUGAAUUUCAAAGACUAUUUAUUUAAUCAUCAAUUACUUCCACAAGAAUUGAUGACAGGUGGUGAUAUUUAUCAUCCACCUUUUGGAUUAGAAUCGUCAGGUCUUGUUUCAAGAUUGGGAUCAGAUGUGAAAGAUUUCAAAGUUGGUGAUCAAGUUAUUGGAUUACAUACAGUUAAUUCAUUAGCCUCACAUUCAAUAAAUGAUCAAAGAUCCUUUCUUCCAAAACCAAAAGAACUUUCUCAUAAUGAAUGUGCCUCAAUUCCAGUUAUAUAUGCAACUGUGUAUCAUUCAUUGUUUGAAGUUUGUAAUUUCAAUUCAGAGAAAGAUACAAUUUUAAUUCAUGGUGCAACUGGUGGUGUUGGAAUUGCGGCAAUGAAUGUGAUGAGAAUGUUGAAAUGUAAACGAGUUUAUGCAACUGCUGGAUCUCAAGAAAAGAUUGAUUAUCUCAAAUCAGAGUAUUCAGAUAUUCUAAUUGAUGUUUUCAAUUCAUAUUCAAAUGAAUUUGCAGAUAAAAUCAAACAACAAUGCAAAGGUAUUGAUGUUCUUAUCAAUACUUUACCUGUUGAACUUAUGAAAGAGAAUUUCAAAUCAAUGGCACCUUAUGGAAGAAUUGCUGAUUUGGUUGUCACUCAUAUCAUCAAUGAUAAUAGAUUUAGAUAUGGUCAAUUCAGAUAUGAUGUCAAAUACAGUUCUGUUGAUAUACAAUAUUUUUUUAAACAUAGAAUUCAGCAUGGUAGAAAUUUAAUGAAAACUAUCUUGAAUGAUAUAACAAGUGGAAGACUUCAAUUGACACCAAUCAAAGUAUUUGAUGUUUCUGAAACAAAAGAAGCAUUCAAUUUUAUGAAAUUAAGAAAACAAAUUGGUAAAAUUGUUAUUGACUGUUCAAAUAUUCAACAAUCAAUUCUAAAAUCAUUGAUUGAAUCAAAAGAUAGAAAACCAUUACCAAAGAUUGAUUUCAAACUUGAUAUCUCGAAUACAAUCAUUGUCACUGGUCAAAGUGGAUUAUCUCUUGAAUUGGUUCCAUGGCUUGCAAAACAUACAAAUGCAUCUGAUAUUGUUGUUCUUUCAAAAUCAAAAUUGAACAAUCGAUUGAAUCAUAUCAUUAAUUCAACGAAAUCAACAAGAAUCCAUUUCUAUCAAACUGAUAUCACUGAUAUCAAUGAAUUGAAAUCAAGAAUUGAAUCAAUUUCAAAUUCAAUGCCAUCAAUUGAAAUAAUAUUCCAUCUUGCAAUCAUUCUUGAAUCAUUCCCAAUCAAUGAAGUGACAUUCGAUAAUAUCAAGAAAGUUCAUGAUCCAAAAGUUGUUGGAGCACAUAAUCUUCACACAAUAUCAAUUGAUUUAAGAUUACCAUUGAAACAAUUCAUUGUAUUCUCAUCAAUAUCUGGAUUUAGUGGAGAAGCAUCACAACCAUCAUAUAAUUCAGCAUGUCUUGCAGUUGAUGCAUUGUGUAAAUAUCGAAACAAUAUUCUUGGAAUGAAAUCGAAAUCAAUCAGAUUAGGUCCAAUUCUUGGUGAAGGAACUGUUGCUGAAUCUGCUGGAAUCCAAGAAUUCUUCAUUUCAAGAGGAGUUUAUCCAGUUCCACUUUCAAAAUUCUUUGGAGGACUUGAAGUUAUUCUUUCUCAACCUCUUUAUUGUACUCCAAUGAUUUCCAAUAUAACUUCUGUUGGUAGUUAUGAAUAUCAUGAUCAUAGCCAACAUGGAAUAGAUCAUCUGGUAUUAGGAGAAACUGGAAAAUUAAACACAUCUUAUCAGAAUUAUGAUCCACUUGAAACACUUUUGGAAGGUCUUUCCUCAUUACUUUCAAUACCAAAACAAAAACUGGACGCCGAGACACCACUCAAGAAUUUUGGAGUCGAUUCAUUGAUGACAGUUCAAGUUAAAUUCUUUAUAGAUACGAAUAUUGAACAAGAUUUGUUCACAAUUUCACAAAUUCCUAAUUUGACAAUUGGUAGUAUUAUUACAGGAUUAAAUCGCAGAAAUUUAGAGAAAUAA